AUGACUUCACCGAACGAGGCUCAGAACUCAGGGGACAAAAAUGUAGUCUGCAGUGAAAGUCCUGAUAAUACACAAAUAUCGAGCGAAAAGGAAGUUCAUGAAAUUGAUCAAGAAGCUAUUGUUGAUGGAGAUGACCGUUCCGAUACAUCAACAGUAUCUGAAGCCACCAACAACGAUACCAGCCAUAACGACAUAGACAACAAAGAUUUAGAAGAGAGCUCGGAAGUUAUACGACGCAUUACUACCGAACUCGGUCCACCCGUAAUAGUUCCCCGACUGAAACGUCGUGGACUAUUUGCCCAGUUGGCCCUCGUACCCGAAAUAGAGAACGGAAAGACAUACCAACGAAGAAUAAAAUGGUAUAUCACCGCAAUCGCUGCAGUUGGUGGUGUGGCUGCACCGCUUGGAUCGGCUAUCUUCUUGCCAUCGCUACACCAAGUUGCAGACGAUUUGAAUUCAACGCCAACUAUCGUCAACUUAUCCAUUGCCUUAUAUAUGCUGGCCAUGUCCAUCUUUCCGCUGUGGUGGUCAUCGUUCAGUGAAGCCUUUGGACGACGUUCUAUUUACAUUGUCUCCUUUGCGCUUUUUGUCGUGUUCAAUGUCCUCAGUGCAAUCUCUCAUAAUAUUGCCAUGUUGAUCGUCAUGCGUCUGUUGGCAGGUGGAGCAUCAGCCUCCGUUCAAGCUGUUGGAGCUGGCACAAUUGCAGAUAUUUGGGAGGUCAAAGAGCGCGGCCAGGCCAUGGGUUAUUUCUACAUUGGUCCACUUUGCGGUCCACUAUUCGCCCCCAUUAUCGGAGGUGCGCUGGCCCAGAGAUGGGGUUGGCGAAGUACAAUGUGGUUCAUGGUGAUUUUCGGUGGUGUGGUUUGGAUUCUCAUUUUGCUUGGACUACCAGAGACCUUAGCGGUGCGAAAGAGUCCCAACCUACAAUCAAAUACACCAACAGAUGCCUCUUUGGAAAGAAGUACAAGCCGAGUAUCUUCCAAAGUGGCGCAGAACAGUGCCAAAGUUCUGAAAACGCUGAAGAUGACUCUUGUUGACCCGCUAUCAAUAAUUUUGUACCUGAGAUUCUUCCCUAUUGCUUUGACAAUCUACUAUGCGGCUAUCACUUUCGGUUCCUUGUAUGUUCUCAACAUCAGCAUCCAGGAGACAUUCGGGGCCGCGCCUUAUAACUUUUCAACCGUGAUAUUGGGUUUACUUUAUAUUCCCAACUCACUUGGGUACCUCUUUGCAAGUCUCUUUGGUGGCAGAUGGAUGGAUAAAAUCAUGCACCGCGAGGCUGUCAAAGCAGGCCGAUUCGACGAAAAGGGACGUCCCAUCUACCAGCCUGAAGAUCGUAUGAAGGAAAAUGCUUGGUUGGGCGCCUGUCUAUACCCUGCCGGUUUGCUUGUUUAUGGGUGGACUGCUGAAUAUCAUGUGCAUUGGAUUGUGCCAAUGAUUGCGAACUUCUGCUUUGGAGUAGGAUCCAUGAUAAUCUUCGGCCUCGUAACAACAAUGCUCACCGAGUUCCUUUCCCGCAAGUCAUCGGCUGGUGUAGCUCUCAACAAUUUUGUCCGAAACAUUUUCUCUUGCGUUGGAACAGUAGUCGCAUCUCCAAUUAUUGAUGGCAUUGGUAAUGGUUGGUUGUUUACUAUCUUGUCUUUGGUCAGUUUCUCUUCUGGCGUGGCUGUCUUACUACUUAUGAAAAGGUAUGGACCAAGAUGGAGGGAAAGGGGUAUUGAUCAUUAA